ACAACAGCCUUAUUGGAUUCUGGAGCAUUCUUCUGCUAUAUUGAUCAGAGAUUCGCUCAAAAACAUGGGUUUAAGAUGAUACCACUAAACCACAAAAUAAGAAUCCUCAACGCAGACGCCAGUUCCAACAAGGGUGGUGCAAUUACUCAUCGUUGCAUGUCAAUGAUCCUUGGCAUGAAGUUCCUACAGGAACAUAAUCCCCGAGUUGACUGGGAACAUAGAGAGGUCACGUUCUCAAGAUGC